UAUCAUCCUGACGGCACUUCUUCACUUGCCUCUCUGUACCCAAUUAGCAGCAGCUGCUAAAAAGCUACAUUUUUUUUUAAAGAUUCUUGUCAAAUCUUGAACAUUUUCAUUCUGUUCUCAAUUUUGCAACACAAAAAGAUGAAGGUAAUUGAGAAGAUCCAAGAGGCAGCUAAAGAUGAAAACAGGGUAGUAUUUUCCUUUGAAUUUUUCCCACCAAAGACAGAAGAUGGGGUUGAAAAUCUAUUCGAAAGAAUGGAAAGAAUGGUAGCACACAAUCCAUCAUUUUGUGAUAUAACAUGGGGUGCAGGUGGUUCAACAGCAGAUCUAACUCUUGAGAUUUCUAAAAGAAUGCAAAAUAUGGUGUGUGUUGAAACUAUGAUGCAUUUAACAUGUACAAAUAUGCCUGUUGAGAAAAUUGAUCAUGCUCUUGAUACUAUUAAGACUAAUGGUAUUCAAAAUGUUCUCGCUCUUCGUGGUGAUCCUCCUCACGGUCAAGAUAAGUUUGUUCAAGUUGAAGGUGGUUUUGCUUGUGCCCUCGAUCUGGUAAAGCAUAUUCGUGCCAAGUAUGGGGACUACUUUGGGAUAACUGUUGCUGGUUAUCCAGAGGCACAUCCUGAUGUUAUACCUGCUAAUGGAAUAGCUACACAAGAGAUAUAUGAAAAUGACCUGGCUUAUCUCAAAAGAAAGGUGGAUGCUGGAGCUGAUCUUAUCGUAACUCAACUCUUCUAUGAUACUGAUAUUUUCCUCAAAUUUGUCAACGAUUGCCGCCAACUUGGAAUUACUUGCCCCAUCGUCCCGGGUAUCAUGCCCAUUAACAAUUACAAGGGCUUCUUGCGCAUGACUGGAUUUUGCAAGACUAAGAUUCCAGAAGAGAUAAUGGCUGCGUUGGAACCUAUUAAGGACAACGAGGAGGCUGUCAAAGCCUAUGGAAUUCACCUUGGAACAGAAAUGUGCAAAAAGAUUUUGGCCAGCGGCAUUAAGACUUUGCAUCUUUAUACAUUAAACAUGGAUAAAUCAGCACUAGCCAUUUUGAUGAAUCUUGGAUUAAUAGAAGAGUCCCAAAUUUCUAGGCCAUUGCCUUGGAGACGUCCUACAAAUGUUUUCCGUGUUAAAGAAGAUGUUCGUCCUAUAUUCUGGGCAAAUCGUCCAAAGAGCUACAUCUCAAGGACCUUAGGUUGGGAUGAAUAUCCACAUGGUAGAUGGGGCAAUGCUCAAAAUCCAUCUUACGGAGCACUUACUGACUAUCAGUUCAUGCGUGCACGCUCACGUGAUAAGAAGCUGCAAGAGGAAUGGGUUGUAACUUUGAAUAGCGUGGAAGAUAUCUAUGAGAAAUUUAAGGACUACUGUCUUGGGAAGCUGAGAAACUGCCCUUGGUCUGAACUAGAUGGUCUUCAGCCAGAGACAAAGAUCAUAAACGAAAAGUUGGGUCAUGUCAAUACGAAAGGUUUCCUGACUAUUAACAGCCAACCUGCAGUUAAUGCUGAGAAGUCUGACUCUCCUUCUGUUGGAUGGGGUGGUCCCGGUGGAUAUGUUUAUCAAAAGGCUUACUUGGAGUUUUUCUGUUCCGGGGAGAAGUUGAACACCCUCGUCGAAAAUUGCAAGGCUUUCCCCUACCUAACAUACAUGGCUGUAAACAAGGAAGGAAACUGGAUUUCCAACAUCAGCCAAACUGACGUCAAUGCGGUGACAUGGGGAGUCUUCCCAGCUAAGGAAAUUGUACAACCGACUGUCGUUGAUCCCGCCAGUUUCAUGGUAUGGAAGGAUGAAGCAUUUGAAAUCUGGUCAAGAGGAUGGGCUCAAUUAUACCCAGAGACUGAUCCAUCAAGAAAAUUGCUUGAACAAGUUCAAAGCAGUUACUACUUGGUCAGCCUUGUCGAUAACGAUUAUAUCAAUGGUGAUUUAUUUUCCAUCUUCAGGGAUGUCUAAAUUAAGCUACAAGACUCAGUUUCUCAUCCUUUAUAGUGCCAUUUAUAGCGCCAUUUAGUCCUAUGAAGUCUCAUCUUGGUUUUACUGGAAGUUAUUACUAUUAUUAUUGUUCUAUUACCUAUUGUUCUGUAACAGGAAUAAUUUAAAGGGACAUCUUUCCCUUCAAUUUUUUUCGUCUGCAAAUCUGAUUUUAUAAGAAAAUAUCGCAUUAAACGGUUA